GUGCAGGGCUCCACCAUGGCAGAGCGCAGGGGAAACUGGGACAUGGCAGAGGACGACCUGCCGGUUUAUCUCGCCCGACCCGGCACGGCCGACCAGGUGCCCCGGCAGAAAUACGGCGGCUUGUUUUGCAACGUCGAGGGCGCGUUUGAGAGUAAAACCAUAGACUUUGAUGCCCUGAGCGUCGGCCAGAGGGGCUCACGCACCCCGAGGACCGCCAAACGAGAGACCGGUCAGGAGGCGAGGAGCUCGGCGAGUGACAGCAAGAGUUCCCCGUGUGUGGAAAGUCCCGCAGCAAACAGGCGAGAAGGGAAAAACUCACCUCAGGUUGAGAUCCGAACCGGCGGCGGUAAGGAAGUGUUGCAGAACCUGGGAGAUGAAAAGAGCGACAGGCUUCUGAUCAAAGGAGGGAGGAUUGUGAACGAUGACCAGUCCUUCCAUGCCGAUAUCUACUUGGAGGAUGGCGUCAUUAAGCAGAUCGGCGACAACCUGAUCGUGCCCGGUGGGGUGAAGACCAUUGAGGCAAACGGGAAGAUGGUGAUCCCUGGUGGCAUCGACAUCCACACCCACUUCCAGAUGCCGUACCGUGGAACCACAACUGUGGAUGACUUUGCUCAGGGAUCAAAGGCUGCUCUUGCUGGGGGCACGACCAUGAUCGUGGACCAUGUGAUCCCAGAGCCCGGGAGCAGCCUGAUGGAGGCCUAUGACCAGUGGAGGCAGUGGGCCGAUGAGAAAUCCUGCUGCGACUACUCCCUCCAUGUGGAUAUCACCCACUGGAACGACAGCAUAAAACAGGAGGUGGAUAACCUAAUCAAGGAGAAAGGUGUGAACUCUUUCCAGGUCUACAUGGCUUACAAGGACUACUACCAGAUGAGCAACAGUGAGCUCUAUGAGAUCUUCACCUUCUUGGCAGAGAGAGGAGGCAUCGCUCAGGUCCAUGCUGAAAAUGGCGAGAUCAUCGCUGAGGAGCAGGCCCGCAUGCUGCAGAUGGGUAUCACCGGACCAGAGGGACACGUGCUGAGCAGGCCAGAAGAGCUGGAGGCGGAGGCGGUGUUUCGUGCCAUCACCAUCGUGAGACAAACCAACUGUCCUCUCUAUGUGACCCGGGUCAUGAGCAAGAGUGCUGCUGACAUCAUCUCACAGGCCCGGAAAAGAGGAAAUGUUGUGUUUGGAGAGCCUAUCACGGCCAGCCUGGGGACUGAUGGGACACAUUACUGGAGCAAGAAUUGGGCCAAAGCGGCUUCUUUUGUAACAUCACCUCCUCUCAGCCCUGAUCCCACUACUCCAGACUAUCUGAACACACUGCUGUCCAGUGGAGACCUGAGUGUGACUGGCAGUGCCCACUGUACCUUCAGUGUGUCCCAGAAGGCCAUUGGCAAGGAUGAUUUCACUCAGAUCCCAGAAGGUGUCAAUGGAGUGGAGGAGAGGAUGACCCUCAUCUGGGAUAAAGCUGUGACUACGGGUAAGAUGGAUGAAAACAUGUUUGUGGCAGUCACCAGCACCAAUGCAGCUAAGAUCCUGAACCUGUACCCUCGUAAGGGUCGGAUUGCUGUGGGCUCUGAUGCCGACCUGGUCAUCUGGGACACAGACUCCCUCCGCACCAUCACUGCCAAGACACACAACUCGGUGGCUGAGUACAAUGUCUUUGAGGGCAUGGAGCUGCGUGGAGCCCCACUAGUGGUGAUUUGCCAGGGAAAGAUUGUUCUGGAAGAUGGGAACAUGCAUGUCACCUCCGGUGUGGGUCGCUUCAUUCCCUGCGCUCCCUUCCCUGACUUUGCCUACAAGCGUGUUAAAGCCAGGAAGCAGCUGGCGGUCCUGAGGGCAGUACCCAGGGGAAUGUACGACGGCCCCGUGUCUGAAUUCUCCAUGUCCCGUGGUGGUACCCCUUCUGCCUCUGCGAGAACCUCUCCCACCAAGCAGCCCGUCAGAAACCUGCACCAGUCUGGAUUUAGUCUAGCAGGUAACCCUGCACUAUGCGGUCCCCCGACCCCAGAUGACAUCCCCAUCAGGCCUGCUGGUCGCCGUAUUGUAGUGCCCCCUGGUGGUCGUUCCAACAUCACAUCCCUCAGUUAAAUGGCAGGAGGACGAGGGGGCGCAUCCAGAAAAGGACAGCAGCCAGAGUGCAGGAUUGAGGGU